AUGAAUGUCGACACAAACGGUUUCACUGGAAAUCAGAGGUUCAGCACGAAUUUCCCUAGGCCCUCCAGAAAUGGAAACCAGUCAAAGCGCAUCGACAAAUCGACUCCACUAAAGGCAGGUGAGGGUAGGAAUUUGGUGCUAUCCUGCAAUAGCCCCCAUUCAUGCGCCGCACCUUCUCGCGCACCACACGACCACGUCACCUCUUCUCACAAUCUCGGUGAUGGGAAUCGAGCGGCUCCACAUGCCAAAAGGCCCCACCGACCACGUCAACGCAAGACGCUGGAGCAGGUUUUGGCUAUUUUACAGUGCACAUUACGACGGUUCAGGCGUUCCAAGUGGUUCAUGAUCCUGGAGGUUGUGGUGCCCAUUCUCUUCGCCAUUGCUCUCAUUUUUCUUGAUGUAAAGCUCGGUACGGGGGACAUUGUCGAACAGAGCCACUUAACAUUGGAUGACCUCGUCUAUUUUUACUACAGUCAAACAACUAGAUAUGCAGCAAAUACUCGAGUGGGUAUCCUAUCCACACUCUUGUGGAUUGCGAUGACAUCAAGAAUACGAAAUUGGACUGUAGUGGGGACGAAUCCUCGAUUCCCGUGA